UGCUGCGGUCUCAGAGAUUAACCCGUGAUGCUGAAGAAUGUGGAUUUUACAGUAGGGUUCCUCCUCAUGUUGUCUUUUAUUUCCCGAGCGAUUAAAUACACGGGGGGCCUUUACACAUUUAAAUAUAGGUCUGACCCACUCUUUCUGUUGAUGGUGUGAUGUUCUAUGCCGUCGGUUAGUCUCGAAAUGUAUGAAAAACAAUAGGCUUUUGGAAUUCAUUGUAGUCUAGGAUGCACUCAAUGUAGAGGUUUUCCUUCGCACGUUGGUUACAAGCGACUCUGAUCAACAAACGCAGAAGAGAUGCUGUAAUUGGAGUGGACCAGGAAGUACCAGAGAGGAGGAGGAGGAGAGGAGGGAGGAGGAGGAUACCACCAUGAAAGGUCUGAGUGCCUCCAGGUUCUGCUUCUACUUGGGUUUCGUAGUGGGGACCCUCAGCCUGUACCUCUUCCUGCGCCAGCUAUGGUUUGAGAGGAGCAUGGAGCUCCCUGUGCUGGGAGGGGUCCAGGGCAGCUCAGUAGCAGCGGUGGCAGAGGAGAGGCAGGCCAGUGUGGAGAGAGCAGCCCUCAUCAAUCUCAACGUCCCGCACCACACAGGUGAGGACAGUCGCGUGGCAGAUGAGUUGUACCGGAAGGUGCGCAUCCUGUGCUGGGUGAUGACAGGCCCCAGUAACCUGCAGACCAAGGCCCGCCAUGUCAAGGCCACCUGGAGCCGCCACUGCAACGUGGUGGUCUUCAUGAGCUCUGUCGACGACCCAGACUUCCCCACCGUAGGGCUGGGGACAGGGGAGGGCCGCGACCAGCUCUACUGGAAGACCAUCCGGGCCUUCCACUAUGCCCUGGAGCAUCAUGGGAACGAAGCCGACUGGUUCCUCAAGGCGGACGACGACACCUUCGUAGUGGUGGACAACCUCCGCUGGGUCCUGUCCAAUCACACGCCCAAGGAGCCCCUCUACUUCGGCAAGCGCUUCAAGCCCUACGCCAAGCAGGGGUACAUGAGUGGCGGAGCGGGGUAUGUGUUGAGUAAGGAGGCCCUCAGGAGGUUCGUGGAGGGGUUCAAGACCAAGGUGUGUACCCAUACCACCUCUGUGGAGGACUUGGCUCUGGGACAGUGUCUGGAGAAGAUGGGGGUUCUGGCCAUGGACUCCAGGGAUACAUGGCAGCGGGAGACGUUUCAUCCAUUCGUGCCAGAACACCACCUGACUGGGAAGUUCUCCAAGAGCUUCUGGUACUGGAACUACUGCUACUACCCCAUCGUAGAGGGUCCUCAGUGCUGCUCAGACCUGGCAGUAUCCUUCCACUAUGUGGACGCAGAGCUGAUGUACACGUUGGAGUACUGGACCUACCACCUCCGUGCCUACGGCUACAGAUACCGCUACAGACCUCCACUACCCCAGGGCCUGGUGGAGCAGCUAGCCCAGCCGGAAAGGGCCACUGUGGGGGCAGCUGGUAGAGGGACAAUACCAGCUGGUAUUAUUGUUGUUGGUGGUGGAGACCAGUCCAAAAUGGAGGCAGUGUCAUAUAAAGGGGCUGCGAGGGAAAGUAAAAUCCCCAUGGACAAUAACAGGACUGCAGUCACACAGGAGAGACAGCAGUGAUUCUCUUUGGGUCGACGCCUAACUUCCACUUAAGUGGGAUGUGAACGUGGUCCUGCAUUGGUGUCAUUUGGGACGGUUUGAGUUGAAGCGUUUGAAUGUGUUUUUUUUAAGGUGAUAACGGGAGUGUGUUGUUGUGUGUGAUUGCAAACAGGACUUGUGAAAUGGUCAUGCCAGGAACUGGUUCGAUAUUUCCAACGUUGUGCACCAGUUCCACCACAGUUCAGGUUUAAUUGGUUGUGGGGGAUUUUAUUCAUCCAUAUACUGUACAACUUUUUACUUGAAUGAAAUCAAUAUCUGUUGUUUUGUCUGAUAUUCUGUUUGGAUUUCAAUAGUAUGCCGUUAGUGACCAUGCAUCUGUAUAAACUUCUAGAGCAUUUACUUCAUGAGGCCCACGCUGCAUAAAAACAUUCUGCAUUCUGACCUGGACAUUUCCUGUAGCAUGAUAUCAAGCAUUUCUGUGUCUUAGAUGUUGAUUUGGAAAAUCAUCAUUUCCACAACUAACAGUGAUCCUGUAUUCCAUUCCCUAAUUGACUGUCCAUAACUAUUCAAUUCGAUAUUGGUAUUGCACUUUUAGAGAAAUAUGAAGGGACCUUUAUAUGCGUGCACUGAACAAUGGUCGUUUCUUAACGUUGUCGAGGUUUUCGUCAGAAUCUGAGGUUUUCGGCGUCAGGUCAAGCUGAUAGAGCACAUUUUUGAAUGGUAUUACAUUGCUCUGUGGUGUAUCUAAGUGUGAGUGUAUUUCAUGUCAAAUGUAAUGGCCAUGUUUUUCCUAUUUAUUCUAGAUUAUCUGCUAAGCAGUUGAAUGGCCUUAAAGUGGGGUAGAUUAUACUUACUAUAACUACAGUACUAAAGUAUUUUUUGUACAGUACUACUUAAUGUUCAUUUUUGGUUACAUAUUCCGGCACUUUGAAUUCUCGUUGCUAUGAUGGUGGAUUUAAAAUGUUGUAACCAAAUAUUUUUCAAUUAAUUGUCAGUAUUGUUGCCACAUUUGAUUAUUUCUUUAAUUUGAAUCACAAACAUAUGGUAAAGAAAUAGUUCUUAUCAGAUGGGACUGUUACUGAUUUCUUUCAGGUAAUACAUUAUAGCUAUUAGUUACUAUGACAACUCAUCGGGCACAUGUUACAAUAGCAGGUUGAAUUUGGUCAGUUUAAAUUCCAUAGAUGUUUUCGCAAAUACUUUGUUUUGUAAAAUAAAUAGUUGUUUCUUUUCUGUA